AUGGCUGGACUAGAAGAGGACUUUCCGAACACACCACAGAACCAGCGCCGACGCACCUCUGUACCGGCCAAGCACUUCAUCCACUCCGACCUCCUCAACCCGACUCCCUUACACUCGCCCACUGCACUCUCGCUCAAACAGUCUCCGUUCGGAUCCACAAGCGAGCGAGGGUCUCCCCUGAGUCGAUGCGAAGAUAGUCCACACCGCCGCCUCUCGUCCGCCGUCCCAGCACUCCCCUCACUCUCGCUCCCCACCUCCUCCCCUUCUUCCACGGACCAAGCACCCCUGAACCUCGCACGCCUCGCCUCCGCCGUCGUCCCAAGUCGGAGCGGGAGCGUCCUAAGCCGCGGACUGAUACUCAAGAGCGACUAUCGCUUCGUAGCCGCUCAACCACCCGCUUCUGCUUCGCAUCCGCCCCACGCGCAAUCAGCCGCUUCAACCGCCUCGUCGACGAAAAACGCCAUAUCAGGCCAACUCGCACCUUCUUCCACCCCCGCCGGACCAUCAACGGAAGGCGGAUUCCACUUGAGCGGCGCGACCAACCUCCGCGAAGGAGGCUAUGGCGUUUGGGGCGUCGCGCAGCCUACUGCGACGGGCGUCAGGUCGUUGCUGAGCUUGUUGAGGAGCAGGAAGAACGCAAAGGGCGUCGAGGGGAGGGAGGUCGCUUGGUUCGUGACGAGGGAAGAGCCGAUUUUGUAUAUCGGUGGACAACCGUACGUGCUGCGAGAGGCGGCUCACCCGACAGACACCUACUCGAUCAGCGACCGCGCCGAAAACCUCGAAGAGAUCGAAGCGCGUCUCAAAUCCGACGUCCUCCGCGAAUCAGCACGCUACGACGGCCUCGUCCUCGUACACGACGAGACCCGCUCAGGCUCGAUCCUCCCCACCUGGGUCUCGGCCGACAAAGUCCUCACGGCGCGGGAACUCUUCUCCCGCGUCCGCUCGGAGGGUUAUAAUGUCACUUACUUCCGUACACCCGUCGCGAGGGACCAAUCACCCAACGACGGAUACCUCGAUGUCUAUACCGGACUGUUAAAGCGCAUACCGACUUCUACGGCGCUUGUCUUCAAUUGCGGCGCAGGAGUCGUGAGGAGCACGUUUGCGAUGAGCGUCGCGUUGAUCGUGAGGCGGAAACAGCUGAUCGAGAAGGGCGAGGAGGACCCAUACGGGCUCGUCUCAACCCGACCACAGCAGGACGAGGGGGAUGGACCGACGAGCCCGAGGGAGAGGCAGAACCCGAGGAGCGCGUUGAAGGUCCUCCAGGCGCAGAGCGAGCAGGCCGCGAGGGACAGGAGCUUGUUGAGGCUCAUGCAUGUCUUGUCCAAGUGUCUGCCGUCGAAUAGCCAGACGACGAUCUUGAGCUUGCUCAGUACACAGUCGACGCUGCUCGAGAACCUGCGAUCCGCCUUGCUCGGCAAUUUCGACAUCAUCCUCUCCCUCCUCUCGACCCUUGACGAUGGCGUGACGGCAAAGAAGGUAGUUGACGCCAUCGUCGACCACUGCGAUGCCAUGGUCAACCUCCGCGAGUCGAUCACCGAGUACCGCGUGCGCUACGCCUCCUUCGCCCUGCACGACGAGCCGACCGCGCAAGACAACCGCCAAUCCGCCCUCGCCGCCCUCGAGCGCUAUUUCUUCCUCAUAACCUUCGCCUCCUUCGUUUCCGACUCUUCCUCCACCUUCGACGUCCCCUUCUCCGCCUGGCUCAAAGGACGAAACGAGAUCGCCAAGAUGAUCAACCGGAUGCGAAAGACGGGCACGGGGCACUUUGUCAUCUUCGCGCCGAUUCAGGAUCUGAGCGCGAUUGCUAAGGGCGAGACGGGCGAGGUGGCGCUUUCGAGGGCGGUCAGUCGGGGAAGGCGCGUUGGAGCGGACCUUGUGGGUGACGAGUGGGCGCACCAGAUCAUCCGGAACCGCUCGGGCAUCAUCCUCCGCGCCAACAUGAUUCUGAAAGAAGACGUCUGGCUCGCCUCGAACACCUCGCAAACCGACCCCUCCUCCACCUCCGCCUCAACCUCCUCCACGUCCAUCCAGCACAUCCGCGGCGCGAUCAACUUCCGUCGCGUCAGGGACAGCUUCUUGUAUGGGCUUUCGCAGCCGACUGAGGAGGGGAUCAGGAGAGUGCUGGAUGUCGUCAAAAGGGAUGUCAAGCCUGGUGCGAGGAUCGUUUGGAUCGGCGUGCGGGAGGAGCCGCUGUGCAACAUCAACGGCACGCCUUACGUCCUGCGUCAAGAAGCGGUCUCGUUGCGGAAUGUCAAGUCGUACAGCGGCAUCUCACCGACCCGUCUCGAGCUGCUGGAGGACCGUCUCAAAGCAGACGUCCUCUCCGAGCUGUCAACGUUCGAAGGCCGCAUCCUUGUCGCGAACGAGGCCGACGAUGGCUCGGUCAACCCGGUCUGGGAGGCAGUCGAGGGCGGGGACCAGGUCAAGACGCUCCGGGAAGUCAUGGACGCUGUCGGGAAAGACGAGUGCGGCGAGGUCUUCCGCUUCAUCCGCGUUCCCAUCACGGCCGAGAAGUUCCCCGAAUUCUCCGACUUGCGCGACAUCAUCGAGACGGUCACCGAGCUCGACAUGGACGAGUCGGCUAUCGUCGUCAACGACCAGCUUGGACGGGGCAGGACGACCCGCACGCUCGUCAUCAUCAAGCUGUUGCAGGACUGGCUCCGCCACAACGGCAAGUUUGUUGCGCCGCGCUCAGACCGACCCAGCUACACCGUCAUCAACAACUUGCUUCGUGUUGUGCGGAAUGGCUUCGAGAUCAAGAACGCCGUCGACGCCGCCAUCACCGCCUGCGGCGAACCCUUCGACCUGCUCGAGUCGAUUGAGAACGCCCGGCAGCAGGCGGAAGACGCCGAGGGCGAAACGCGCGACAUCUGGAUCGCCCGCGGGCUGAGGGAGCUGCGCGCCUACUUCUUCCUCAUCAUCUUCACCACGUUCCUGCACGAGUCCCGCCCCGAGACUUGGCGCGACCUCGGCCGGACCGCCAGCUACGAGGACUUUGUCCGCUCGCGACCCGUCUUCCGCACGAUCGAGAAGGAGCUCGACCACGCCGGCAUCGACGCGCUCGUCCCGCUCAAGCGCCCGAUCGCGAGUGGUACGGCCUCGACAGACGAGGUCGCCGAUUUCGUCGCCAAGCGCAACGGCCGCAUUCUUUCCGCUUACACCCUCUGCAAGGCCGACUACUUCUCCGGCCUGCAGAAGAUGAGCUUGCCCGAACGGGUCGAGGGCGCGCCCAACUUCCGUCGCGUGCCGCUCACGCUCGCCGGCAGCGAUGCCGUCCGGACGCCGCACCCAACCUCUUCGAACGGCGGCCCGAACGUAGCAGGUGCCACUCUCACCGGCUCGAGCCCCCAAGCUGGUCCUUGUGUCUACGGCAGCGGCAUGCCUACGGUCGACGGCCUGCGACGAGCGCUCGAGAAGAUGGACGGCAAGGGCACGCAGAUCCUGUGGUCCAGCUUGCGAGAAGAGCCGGUUGCGUACGUUGCCGGCAAGCCUUACGUCCUCCGCCUCUUCGACCAGCCGCUCGAGAACGUCGUCACAACGGGCGUUACCACAGCGACGGUCGAAGCGAUGGAGGCUGAGCUGAAGAAGGACUUGCUGCGCGAGCGCGAGCAGAUGGGCGGGAAGGUCCUGCUGCACGACGAGAUCGAGGAGAACGGCAGCUUCACCGUCACGGCGAUGUGGGAGGACGUCAAGGCCGAGGACAUUCUGACGCCUCGGGAGGUUUUCAAGAUCAUGCAGGACGAGGGCUUCCAGGUGGACUACGACCGACUUCCUGUCACGGACGAGCAGGCGCCCAUUCCCGGCAUCUUCAGUCGCAUCGAGCAGCGUGUUACCGGCGCGCUUUCCGGGCGGGACAAGGAGAAGGUCGGCUGCGCCUGGAACUGUCAGAUGGGCCGCGGACGAACGACGACCGGCAUGGUUGCCUGCGCUCUCGUCUACCGCAUCCUCUUCAACCGCCAGUCGACUUUCGACAUGUCUGCUUCCUUCAUCGAGCCGCCUGAGCACGGCUCAUUCUGGGACGGCCGCGAGGCGGAGCCGCUCCUCAACGGCGAGUACAAGAUCGUGUUGCAGCUCGUCGGCGUGCUCAAGAAUGGCAAGUUGGCGAAGAGGUUGACGGACCGAGCUAUCGACGACAUGGAGGCCGUACAGAACCUCCGCACGGCGAUCUACUCGUUCAAGCUGCGCGUCGAGGCAGCCGAAGACGGAUCGAAGAAGCGCUCGAAGCUGUUCGACCAGGCGCUGAACUACCUCUACCGCUACGCCACCCUCAUCGUUUUUGCCAACUUUCUCCUCGACAAAGCCUCGCACCUCGACGACACGGACGACGAAGACGAGGCGACCGUGUCGUUCCCCUCGUUCGAGGAGUACCUGCGCGAGAGGAGCGAGAUCAAGAAGAUUCUGAGCCGGAGGACGCUGGACUAG